UGGCGCAUGCGCGCGUGUGGUAGUUGAGGUGAUGCGCGCUGGCAAACCGCCGGGAUUUUGCCGGGGAGACGCGGACUGGACCGUGGCUCGCGGACGGUAACAGCUCUGGCCUCCCAGAGGCCAUAAGUGGGGGCGUCCUGCGAACGGGUCCGGGCGUUACCGGUAGACAGAAUGCAAUUUCAGUGGUACUGGCUGUUCUUGAGUGUCUUGUUAAGUUCAGUAAGUGCAGAAUCUGAAGAUUCAGAAGUUGAAGUGGAGAACUUUGACAAGAAUUCAGAAGAUGCUAAUGUUGACAAAGGCAGAUCAUCCCAGGAGGUCGUAUACAAAACGCCGAAGCCCACUGGAGAAGUGUAUUUUACUGAAACUUUUGAUGAUGCAAUGUUGUCUGGAUGGGUUCUGUCUCAGACCAAAAAAGAGGAUACAGAUGAAGAUAUUGCUAAAUAUGAUGGAAGAUGGGAAAUAGAACCAUUAAAGGAAAACAUGGUGCCAGAUGACAGAGGAUUGGUACUGAAAUCAGUAGCAAAGCAUCAUGCAAUAUCAGCUCUGUUAACACAGCCAUUUAUUUUUGAUAGUAAGCCACUGAUUAUUCAGUAUGAAGUGAAUUUUCAAGAUGGCAUUGAUUGUGGUGGUGCAUAUGUUAAACUUCUUUCCAAAACUGAUGACUUGAAUCUGGAAUACUUCUAUGACAAAACAUCAUACACAAUUAUGUUUGGACCAGAUAAAUGUGGAGAAGAUUACAAACUACAUUUUAUCUUCAGGCAUAAGCAUCCUAAAACUGGAGAUUAUGAGGAAAAACAUGCCAAGCGCCCUGAUGUAGACCUAAAAAAAAUUUACUCUGACAGGAAGACCCAUCUGUAUACUCUUGUGCUGAAACCUGAUGACACAUUUGAAGUGUUAAUUGACCAAGCACUUGUCAGCAAGGGAAGUCUCCUGGAGGACAUGGUUCCACCUGUGAAUCCCCCAAAAGAAAUAGAAGAUCCCAAUGAUAAGAAGCCUGAGGACUGGGAUGAGAGAGCUAAAAUUCCUGACCCUGAUGCUGUCAAGCCAGAUGACUGGAAUGAAGAUGAGCCUCCCAAAAUAGAAGAUGCUGAUGCUGUUAAACCUGAAGGUUGGCUUGAUAAUGAACCAGAAUAUAUUCCAGAUCCUAAUGCAGAAAAACCAGAGGAUUGGGAUGAGGAAAUGGAUGGUGAAUGGGAAGCUCCACAGAUUCCUAAUCCAAAGUGUGAGACUGCACCUGGUUGUGGAACAUGGGUACGGCCCAUGAUGAGCAAUCCAAAUUAUAAAGGGAAAUGGAAGCCACCUUUGAUAGAGAAUCCUAAUUAUCAGGGGAUAUGGAGUCCUCAAAGAGUCCCUAAUCCUGAUUAUUUUGAAGAUUCUCAUCCUUUUCAGAUGACUGUUGUUGGUGCUAUUGGCUUAGAGCUUUGGUCUAUGACAUCUGAUAUCUACUUUGAUAACUUCAUCAUCUGUUCAGAAAAAGAAGUUGCUGAUCGAUGGGCAGCGGAUAGUUGGGGCUUCAAAAAAUUGGUUGCAAGUGCUAAUGAGCCUGGCAUGUUUAGUCAGUUGGUGACUGCUGCAGAAGAACGCCCAUGGCUUUGGAUUAUUUACGUUUUGACUUUGGCACUACCUGUAGGACUGGGCAUAUUAUUCUGUUGGCCAUCCAAGAAAAUAGAUGAAGAUAUGGACUACAAAAAAACUGAUUUAGGCAAGCCACUUACAAAAGCAGAACUAGAACAAGAGAUGCAAGGAAAGGAUGAAGAUCUUAAAAAACCAAAUGAAAACACUGGUGAAGGUGACUAUGAAGGUGGUGAAGAUGAAGAUUAUGAAGAAGAAAAUGAAACUGCUGAAGGAAGUCAGGAAGAAGAGGGCAAUAAAUCCCUCUCAGAAGAGGAUGAGAUGAAAGAAGCAGAUGAAAGCACAGGGUCUGGUGAUGGGCCAGCAAAAUCAGUACGCAAAAGAAGAGUACGCAAGGACUAACUUAUUUCCAGCUAGUAUUGACAGUUCCUGGGUACAGAACACAGGCGUACUAUUUUGGCUUGCCUAACAGCAUGCAGGUUGUUGAGUCUUGAAAGACUGAACUCAGCUUAGAUUCCUUUUACCACUUUUCAGCCUUCUUAAUCUUGUCAAGACUUUUCCUUUAUUUUGAAGAAACACUCCUACUUGUGAAGUUACCUGUUUCUUUACUUCAUAGAAUAAAAGAAAAUGGUGAUAUGAUUGAUUUAUUGUAAAUAUUGUUUGAAGUUAUUUAGAUAAUAAAUAUUGUUUGGAAAUACCUUUGGCUUCAAAAUAUUACCUUUUAAAUGCUCAUGUAAAUGGGGUUAUAUAUAUUUUCCAGCUCUAGCACGAAUAUAUUGUUUUUACAAUUUAGAAUAAAAGGAAAAAACAGUUCCAACAUGAACUCAAAGAUGCUUUCAUAGAACCAGUUGACAACCAAUUCUGCUGAGCUGAAUGCAAUAACUGUGUUUUACCUAUUUAUUACAGCAACCAUUUUUACUGUAAUGUCUACCUAUGGGCUGUUUGUCAUGUGUUAGUUUGACAUUUGCUAUGGUUGCUGCUGUUUUUGUUUUACAGGGAACCAUAUUGUCAUAAUAGUAGAUCAAACAGCAUGUUUUUACAUUUAAGUGCAAGAACAUUAACUAUAUUCAAGUAAAAUGAUGUACAGAAGACUUUUUCACAAUUUUUAUAGUUUCAUGUUUCAAGCCAGAAUGGCAUAACCCGUUUACAAAAUAUUUGCUAAAUGUAUAUUGCCUCCUAAAUAAAAAAAAAUAUUUAAUACAUUCUGUUCUGCUUAAAUUAAAAGUUGCUAAU